AAAUUUUUAUGUUCAAUUAAUGACUGUAGAAAAUCUUAGCAUUUAGGUUAAGUCUUACGAAGUUGUAGCUAAGUAGUGUUCCUGUAUGCACCAGCACCUUUCCAACCCAAACAUGUAUACAUUUUUGUAACAAAAGCAAAAGCGACAAGCAGGUUUUCAUUGUGAGUAUAAAUGGUUAACUAUCGGUAACACGACAACAUUUUUCUUACAGGAAAGCGACCUACAGAAACAGAUAGAGCAAGCCUAUCAAGACAUGUUAGGCCAGGGCAAAACAAAAGCCAUGUACCAGUUUCUAACCCCAGAGAAUGUGUACAAGGUGUUUUUUGAUUCGACGAGAAAGAUGUACCAAGUCAAUGUGAGAACUCGCACCAAAAGACAAGUGAAAAGGAGACCUGAAAAACCUAUCUCCUACGACGAUCUGAAUGAGUGGGCUCGUGGUGAUUCCACAUCUAAGAGAAAAAUCGAGGAGAGUUCUGUGAAGACUAACAUUUACAGCCAUGUUCCAAGCCAUUGGUCGUCAAUGCCUUUCAACGCGCCCUGCACACGCGUUGCAUUAGACGCAGCUUCAGCCGAAUUUCAAGAGGUGAAGAAGUUGUUCUUUCGGUCGAUGAAUAGCCGGGUGGUGAUCGAUAAUAUCGACCGUGUUCAGAAUCCUUUAAUGUGGGAGGAGUACUGCAGGAGUAAAGAAAAGAUGAUGAGGAAAGCUCAGCUUUUAAAUCGGCAGCAGGUUAAUGAGAAGAAAUUGUUUCACGGAACGAGUCCAGAAAACGUAGAGGCCAUCUGUGAAAAGAACUUUGAUCCGCGUUUACAUAACAAGAACAAGAUGCUUAAGCUUGGCCAAGGAACCUACUUUGCAGUCAAUGCCAUAUACAGCCACUCCUACGCGAAGCGAGAUUCUGAUUUGUUUCAGUAUAUGUUUUUAGCUAAAGUUCUCGUUGGCUGUUAUACCAAGGGCCACCCCAGUUAUCAAAGCCCACCAGGAAAGGAUUUUGCAAAUGUCGACACCCAUCUGUACGACUCGUGUGUGGAUGAAAUAGUAAACCCAACCAUCUUCGUCGUCUUCGAUGCCAAUCACUUCUACCCAGAAUACAUCAUUAAAUAUUCAUCAGUUUGUCAACCGUCCUCACCGCCCUUCGCCCCGCCCUUACCUGUGCCUUUCUUUUCAGAGAUUGCUAGUGUAUACCCGAUAGGAACCUUCAAUAACCUCGGUGCAGCAUGUUAUCCAAGCGGUUCUUUUUCACGGAGGAGUUAUUCAGCCUUAACUGUGUGUAGUUCAGAGGUUAAUGGUGUAAGCACGACAUACGAUAGCUACAUCGUGGAGACAUCAGUCAAGUUAAUCAAGAAAACUUGA